AUUGGUUUAUGAGGCCAGCGGUAACCGGAAAUGGCAAAGUAUACAAAAAAAUCAAAGUUUGAUUGGUAAAGUGUAAAAAAAAAGUUUUAUAAACAAAAUGUAAAUUUAUAAAUUGUAGCUUGAAAGUUCUCGAACCACUCCCUGUAUAUCAUACACAGUAUGAAGGUAACCUAGCAGCAAGCAUCGCCUGAAUAGAGACUCAGUUACGGAAUCACUUGGAGAAAAAUAUCUGCCCUAAUUGUGUGGUUUCUACAAGAGCUCGAAUGGAGCUGACCUUUUCUCCCCUCAAUUCAAACUCCGUCGUUUCAGCUGCACGACUGCCCGGGCCUGCAGCCAGAAGCUUCUCGCCUCCUCUUCCUCUUUUCCCGAUCCUCUCAAGAAUUUCUCAACCUUUUUCGGCUUCGAAAUCUACAGUUUGCUGUGAAUCGCGGCAAGCAAAAAAGCGACUGGCAGGUCGAGCUUUAGCCGUGAAGUAUAGCUUUCUUUUACAAUCCUGGAAAGUCAAGUCACGCAUUUCCCUCCGUGCUACUGGUUUUGGCAAUACAUCAGAUGUAUCAGAUGAAUCGGCUUCAGAUCAUGUGUCGAUAAUAACGCAAGUAGAUGACCAGAGAAUGGACGAACUAAUUCAAGUGUUUUUGUUUGAAAAGCCCUCCCCAACUGAUUGGAGAACGGCAUUAAUUUUAAGCAGACAAUGGGACACUAUUGCGCCUGACUUCUAUAAGAGAUGUCAGGACCGAGCAGAUAGUGAGAGUGAUCCUGCUAUGAAGCUUCAGUUGCUUCGGUUAGCUAGGAAGUUGAAAGAGAUUGACAAUGACGUACAAAAGAACAACGAGCUCGUUGAUGCAAUCCGAAAGUCUCCGACUGAGGUGCAUGAAAUUGUGUCCAGGCGUCGCAAGGAUUUCACCAAAGAAUUUUUUGAGCAUUUUCAUACUGUGGGAGAUUCAUACUAUGAUAAUCUAGCAGAGCAAAAUGAAAUUUUAAGGCUUAAGAGAGCGUGCUUAGCCGCGGUACUGGCAUAUGAUGCUGCAGAUGCUAUGGGAGCACAAAAUGCUGGACAAUUGAAUAUCCAAGACAUAAUUAAUUCUCCUUCAGCAUCUACUGCUGCUGCUUCCCAGCUGGAUCUCACGAAAAAUGCUGGACAAUUGAAUAUCCAAGACAUAAUUAAUUCUCCUUCAGUAUCUGCUCCUUCCCCGCAGAUUGGCAUUUCGGCUGAUAAAAAUCAGUUUGGUUCGGCUCUGGAUCUCAUAAAUAUAAAAGCUUGGGCAGGUACCAAGGAGACAAGCAUGAUGAAAGAAGAGGUGCAAGAUACAAUGUUUCAUUUUUAUAAAACGGCGGUACGUAAUGCCCAGAGGCUUGUGCCGAAAGAUGUCAGGAUACUCAAGUAUUUGCUCCAGAUUGAAAACCCUGAAAGGCUGAUGAGUGCUUUAAAGGAUGCUUUUACCCCUGGCGAAGAAGUUGAAGGAACCUUUUCUCUGGUUACUGCAAACCAGAACAAGUUUCAUGAGGUUGUUGUGAAGCCGAAUAGUGAAUGCAUGAAUUUUCAGCUUGAGUUUAGGAAAUGCAAGGGCACUUUGAAACUUAUUUUCCUCACUUUCCCCUUCACAUUCUCCGUCGUAUCAGCUCAGAACUUUUCCGGCGUCCGGCAAUCCUCGCUGCAGAAGAUGAUUACGGCGAAUACCAGGAAAACGAUCACCUGCGUCGUGUGCGAGAGCUCAAACCUCGCCUCCAUAUGUCCUGUCUGCGUCAAUUGCAGAUUGAAUGAGUACAAUUGUAAUUUGAGGCUGUUGAAGAGCAAGAGGGACGCGCUGUAUUCGAGAUUGACUCAAGUCCUUGUAGCAAAGGGCAAGGCUGAUGAUCAACAAAGUUGGCGGGUGCUUCAACAUGAGAAGCUAGCAAGCUUGAGAGAUAAGCUCCAACUUCGUAAAGAACAAGUGUCACAAGGAAAGGCUAAGAUUGGGAAGAUGUCUCAUGAUCUGAAAGUGAAAUAUGAGUUGCUUGAAUCAGCUAUGAACAUGCUGGAAAGAAAUCGUGUGGAACAAAUUGAGAAGUAUUAUCCAAAUCUUAUCUGCACACAGAGUCUUGGUCAUUUCACUAUAGCUUUACUGCAGGAGCUGAAAGGUCAAUUUGAUACCAUAUGCAAUGCACGCUUGCCAAAAGGAUUAGAUCCCCAUUCAGUUCCAUCAGAUGAGCUUGCCGCCUCAUUGGGAUAUAUGGUGCAACUUUUAAAUCUUGUUGUGCCUACUGUGUGUGCCCCUGCACUUCAUAACUCAGGAUUUGCGGGUUCUUGUUCUCGAAUCUGGCAGCGGGAGUCUUACUGGGAUGCUCGACCUUCAUCCAGAAGCGAAUUCCCGCUUUUUAUUCCCCGGCAAAACUUUUGCACCACUGGUGGGGAAACUUCAUGGUCCGAGAGAAGCUCAAGCAAUUUUGGUGUUGCUUCAAUGGAAUCCGAGAGGAGGCCUCGAUUAGAAUCAUCUGGCGGUAGUUUCAAUUAUUCUUCUGCGUCUCCACAUUCAAUUGAAACACACAAGGAUUUACAGAAAGGCAUAUCACUCCUCAAGAAAAGUGUGGCAUGCAUAACUGCGUACUGCUAUAACUCGUUGUCUUUAGAAGUUCCUCUCGAGGCCUCUACUUUUGAGGCAUUUGCAAGACUGUUGGCCACACUUUCCUCUUCCAAGGAAGUACGGGCUGUACUAUCUUUGAGAACGGCAGCGUCCAGGUCAUCCAAACCUAAUCAACAGCUGAGUACAUCUGUAUGGAAUGUGGAGUCAGCUAUUUCAUCUAGCACUUUAAUGGAGAGUGCACAUGCCCAACCUAUAUUGAGAAAUGCAUCUGAUAAUUAUCUUCCAAGCUCGGCUGCCAGUUAUCUUUUUCCUAACGAGCUUUCUGAUAUGAAGAAUGAAAACUUAAUUGACGGUUGGGAUUUAGUUGAACACCCGACGUUUCCUCCUCCUCCAUCGCAGACUGAGGACGUGGAGCAUUGGACUCGAGCUAUGAUUCUUGACGCAACAAAAAGAUGAUUUUGAGUUUCCAUCUCCUAAUCUGGUGAGUAUUUUUUUCCCCUGAAAUACGGGAUUGAUGAUGGGAAAAGCGAAAGUUUGUGGAUAUUAUAUUUGUAUGGCGAAUACUUAAAGAUGACAGUUGAUGUGAGUACUUUCUUUUUCUUUUAUCAUUUUUUCCAAGUGAAACCAUGGAUGGAUUUUGAUUCAUAAUUGAAAAGGUAAGAUUGCAUGUGUAGUGUACUUCCUGAGAAGGAAGUAAUUCACUAUUCCAUUUUUUCGGUUAUGCAAACACACUAAUGUCACUUUUAUCUUUGGAAGAUUGACUUACAUUAGUAUCUCUUUUUUGUUUGCGACGUGUGAAAAAUAAAUAAUCUUCUCUUGAUCUUUUAUUAAUCAUAUUAUUUUGUUCUCUUGUCAUACGUUUUCCGAUACUUACUACAACUGUGCCUGCAAACGAUUCAUGUCGCAAGUUUCUUAAGGUUCACUAUUUAUGGAUUUGAUCCUUAAUAUAUACUUGCAGGCACGCAAGGCGAACUCCAUUUAUCAUAGUUUCUCAACGUCUGUGCCUUUUGCAGUUUGUUCUGUGAUAUAAUAUUUUACAGACAUAAUAUAUUAUAGCGAAACAUAACACUCUCAUACUCGUUUACCUUUAGCAUUGGCAAGCUUUUCACCCAGAUGAGGUCACUGCAAGAAGUUCUGGACGAGUUUCUGGACCUAUUUGUACACACAAUGCUCGUAAAUACAGUUAAGAUUAGUUCACCGAUACGCUGUACAGAUAAAACGAUCAACGAAAUUUGUAGAUAUUCUUAAUUUUGUACAGAAGCACUGUCUUUGGUAGAGAUAGAUUUACUGAGUGAAAUCUGAAUUGAAAAACAAAAUUAAAUAUUGGAUUGGCUUUGGACAUGUUAUAUAUUGUGGGAAAAAUAUUGGAGGCGGGUUCAAUUUCCACUGAAGCUAAAGGGUGAUGUUUACAUUUGUGUUCAUUCAUUGUUCUCUUGAGAAAGUACUUUCUAUUCUUUCAAUUAAGCUAGAGGGAG